AUGUCUUCGUUUUAUGCCGCGGAAACCCCCGAACGGGUGAAAAAAGCCCAAGGCCUACACCUCAUAACUUCUUUAACCCCAAACGGACGAAAGGUCCACAUUCUUCUCGAAGAACUCAAGGACGCCUAUGGCCUUGAAUGGACGACAAGCCUGAUCGACCUCGAUAAAAACGAACAGAAAAAAGACUGGUUUCUCAGACUAAAUCCUAAUGGGCGUAUCCCAAUUUUGAUCGAUAACAACACAAGUCCACCCCACGUAGUCAUGGAAUCAUCAGCUGAACUUUUUUACCUCGUCAAUUUGGCAGACCGAAACAAUCUUUUCUGGUUCUCGGAUCCGAUUGAACAAAGUGAGGCGUUCCAAUGGCUAAUAUUCUGGCAUGCUUCGGGGCAACCCAAUCAAGGGCAAUAUAAUUUUUUUCGAAACAAUGCAGACCGAAACCCUCACGUAGUGGAUCGUUUCAAGCGGGAAGUGCUGCGGGCUUACGAUGUACUUGAAAUCCGUCUUUCAGGGAGAUAUGGUGGUGGCACACGGAAAUAUUUGGCUGGGAAGGACAAGGGAAAAUACAGCAUCGCUGAUGUCAACUCCUGGGCUUGGAUACGAAACAUUCGACGCAUUGGAUUCUCAGAGGAUGAAUUGGCCCAGUUACCUCAUUUGCAACAGUGGGUGGAUCGCAUUGCGGUGCGACCGGCUGUCGAGCGAGGUUUGGGGGAGUGGUAUGAUGAGGAUGUGCAUCCAGAGUAUUUGCUCGAGACUUCAUGA